UGUUGCAGCUAUUUCCUUUUUUAUGGGAAAACAUGUGUCAGGGUCCAAAUCUAGUAUGAUUCUGUUUCAUCAUCGUCUGUUGCAGCUGUUUCCUUCUUUAUGGGAAAACAUGUGUAAGGGACCAAAUCUAGUAUAAUUCUGUUUCAUCUGCUGCAGAUAUUUCCCUCUUUAUUUCCUUCUUCAGUCUUUCUCACAAUUUUUCCCAUUCAUACAAUGAACACAAUUUUUCUCUUCUCUUACAUCUAGGUGUUAAGCACAGUGCUGCCUAGCAUCAAGUCUUGAGCUCUAUGUGUAGCCUUCAGUAUUUCAUCAAAAUGGAAAGAUCACAAGGGCUCAGAGUUUGCUACUACAUACUUUAUGAUUUUACAGAGGAAGUUUUCUCAGAGAUGAAGAUAAAGCUAAAGGACCUAAGCCGAAGACAGCUGGAAACCUUGAUUUGUGUAUUAAGUAGAGAGAUUGGCAGAUUGGAACAAUAUUAUUCUACAUGUCUCACCAACAACACAAAUAGUGCCAAGUCACAAAUUGAAAAGGAUGAAAGAAAUAACAUUCUGACUACUUUCAAUGGAGAAGAUGAAGAAUCAAACUCAUCAAAUGAAGCUUCUGGUGUGACAGUUUUUGACAAUGAUAUUGACUCUGCGAAAGUCCUUUCAUUGUUGGAGUUAAAAGCAGCCAAAGAAGGACUUACGAUUACAGAAGAUAGAACCAACAGUCAGCUAGACAUAAUUCACACUAAAGAUGGUCAGAAGAUCUACAGCAAGUCUUGGAUAAACACUGAAACUUCAGUCACAGCUAGAAAAUCCCCAUUAAAAGAGGGUCAUUUGAAACAAAAUGUGAGAAAGCACUUUAGAACUAAGGUUGAAGAUCAAUACAUUGAGCCUCAGCAAGAUGUGAGAACAAGUCACAUUGAGUCUGGGACAGCUGAGACAACUGAAACUAUCUGUCCAAUCAAAUCAGAGGACAACAAUGAUUGGAAUGCUAAUUCUAGUCAAACCUUGGAGCACAUUAAACACUCCACAUUAGGAAAACUAAGAUCUUCAUUUCAUCUCUCAUCAAAGUGCAGGCCUUCACGACAUAUGAAUCAUCUUCAGAGAAAAUCAAACGAGAACACACAAAAAUGCCAACGUAGUUCUCUGACAUGUACAAAACCAAAAAUAGUAUGUUGUGACCUGUGCAAUAGAACAUUCCACACAAAUCACUUACUGAAGGAACACCUCAGAACAGUACACAAUCAGUCACAACCCACAAGACUUUGUCCUUACUGUGGGAAACUGGUUCUGCAUUCCAGGCUCAAAAAGCACUUAGAGAAAGUUCAUGAGAAACCGACCUACUCCUGUCAUCUGUGCAGCAGAAGUUUCCUGAAGCGAGAGUGUCUAGAGGGCCACCUAAACAAACAUGCCAACACAAAGCCUUAUGUGUGUGAAGUGUGUGGCAGGAAGUACACUUACUCCACCAGUUUGUCCAGCCACAAAAAACAUUGUGCUAAAUCUGUACUUCCCCCUCACUUGCAGCAAUCGAAGAGCAGAGAGGACAAAACCAUGCUUCAUGUUUGUGAAGUCUGUGGAAGAACAUUUGAAGGAAUGAGUGGCCUGAAGGAUCAUCAUGGUGCCAAGCACAGCAGCAGAAUUCAGACCUGUUGCCAUUGUGGGAAAAGUUUCCACUGGAGGCCAUCCUACAACAGGCACGUUAGGACCUGUAAACAAAGAUCAGAUGAAGAACGAGCAAAGAGUAUUAAAACAUCCCUGAGUAAACUUUUUACUUGUGAGUGUGGUAAACAAUAUUUAUACCGCCAGUCAUUUCGCAGACAUCAGAAAACAUGUCUUCGUAAGCAGCAGUUGGAGUCGUACGUCUUGUCUUCUAGCACAAUGAAAAAAAUGUCUUUAUCAGAGUAUUUAGAAUAAGUUCAGAAACUUCAAUAACAAUUUUAUCGCUUCAAUAAUAACCUUGGGCCAACAUUUACGAUCCAACUGCUAGUACCACUGAUGAACUAAUGUUGUGAUUAAGCAAACAUAUUUUUUAUGAUCUAAAGGUUACCUCAGAAAAUUCAUCUAAUUGUAUUACUAUCAGCAUCAUAAAACUCAAGGUGAGGGUUUUAAAGGUUGGUUCUUUCUACUUUAUAGCUAAGAGGUUAUUGAUAGCCUUCCGGGGCUGGCAAGAGAGUUUGCCAUGUGUUAUGGAGUGUGUGUGUGUAUAUGGUGAGGUUAGCUAUGGUUAUGAAUGAUGCAACAUAGGUGGUAUUGUAGUCACUUGAUCUUCGUGAUGGGAGACAACUGGUCGUGUGGUUUGCCGAGGGUUCAAAUCCUGCCCACUCCCAUGCCCCGUCGUCCUGCGGGAGAUUUGGACUAGGAAGUAAACUAUCUUCAACUCUGAAGGAACAUCCGAAACAUGUAAAACAUUUUACAAACCAAACUCCAGAACGUGAGACGUGGUUGUGAGUUAUAUUUUGUUCAAAAAUAUCAUUACUGAAGUCUACUUCAUUUAUUUCAUUUAUCACAUAUUGAUUUUUUCUAUAUUAUAAAUAAAUUUCUAUUUAGUUUUACUCACAAAAAGGAAGUUAUUCAAGUUUUAUUAGUUAAGAUAUAUUUCACCUACAAAGGUUUAGCUGUCUGCCAGAAGUAUGGUGCUACAAGUGGACGAUCAGAAACAGCACCAUGGUAUCGCAUAUCUCAUUUUAUGCCAUGAUGUAAAUAAUUUUAUUAGGUGACUAUGUUUGUUAGUUUGUGGUGUCUCUAAUAGAUUUAUUUGAGAUUGAGCAAAGAUAUGAAGAAAAAGCAACAUGAAGAAAAAUGGUUUGCAUUCAUAUUUCUUCUUAUAUGUGACAGACGUUCCAUCAAAGAAGAUUAAUUGGUCCCAGCCUCAUUGGUUUUUCUAGCUUAUUCAGAAACACAUUCCAUGCUAUAAUGGUAAUAGGAAAGAAUGAACAACCAUAAGACAGUUUCAAUCAUAUGGAACAUGAAGUGCAGUAUUUUAUAUAUUUUCAUUAUUUUACUCUUAGACUUUUCUCCUGGUGUUUCUAAAUUUAGUGAUUUGCUUUAGUCUAGUCAUCUGGGAAUAUUACUUGUUAUAAAUCUCAUGCCUCUAUUUUUGCUUCCAAUUUCUCAUCAAUGUUUUCUUGAGGUGAGGAAUAGCUAACAGAUGAUCCAUAUUCUAUUAUUGGUCUAAUCAAGCUAUGACCAGGAUUUGAACCUGUGUCCCUCCAAGCCCUUUUCUGUUCAACCAUAGAUUCAACCACAGCAUCUCCAAGGAUACAUAGUAUUUUAGUUUCAUUUCAUUUGUCAACAUUUCCCUUAAUAAAAAAUAGAAGUUGUAUUGUUUGCUUA